AUGUUGUCCUUCGUGAAAAAAACUCUCCUGCCGCUCCUUCUCCUGUCUCAAGCCGGGCAUGGAGCUGCGGCAUCACCUGCAUAUCCAACCACCCCCGAAUUGAGCUUUCUCUACACAGCCUAUGUGAAAUGUGAAGGCACUCUCAUGGAAUCUCCCGGCCCGCGUGGAAUCCGCAAAGCCAUCCCCAUCGUCGGAGGAAACUUCACCGGCCCCCUUCUUUCCGGGGAAAUUCUCGAUGUCGGUGCCGACUGGGGGUUGAUUGAUCCUCAAAGCAAUGUGUUCUCGGCGGACACGCGCUACAACUUACGGACGCAUGAUGGCGAGAAUAUCUUCAUCCAGACCUCGGGCCCGAAGUCUCCCUCUGGCCAGCUGCAUCUCCGGUUAGUGUUUGAGACUGGCAGUGAGAAAUAUUACUGGUUAAACAAUAUUGUUGCGAUCGGUGUCUUGACCAAUGUCGAGAAGACCUCCAACUCGUCACUGCUUCGUAUUGAUGCAUGGAACUUUGCUUCCGAUUGGAAUGCCACCACGACGACUCUAGUUUGA